GUUAGACAAAUAAUACACGUCAUUCAUUGGGCCGACCGACAUUAUUCCAUUAUAUAUUUAUUGCGUACUGACUCAUAUAGAUAUUUUUGUCAGCUGUAAUUUCACAACGAUUACGUCAAGAAUCGUUGAAAUAUAUUACCGGUACUAAUCGACGACUAACACAGUGUAGAAACAAACCGUAAACAUGAGUUUACAGUGGACAAUAAUUGCAACGUUUUUAUACGUCGAGAUAGCGAUCGUACUUCUUCUGACUUUGCCAGUGGCGAGUCCUUCUAGAUGGCAAAAGUUCUUUAAAUCGAAGUUUCUAGCAUAUGUAAGUAACCAAGCUUCUAUAUACUUCCUCGUGCUCGUCGGCGUGCUAGUGCUAUGUCUUCUGGACGCCAUUCGUGAAAUACAGAAAUAUUCCAACAUUGAACAGACAGAUCAUCAACAUCUAGAUGCGGAGAUGCAAGGAAACAUGCGCUUGUUCCGCGCCCAAAGGAACUUCUACAUUUCCGGUUUUGCAUUAUUUCUACUCGUUGUUAUCCGGAAGUUGGUCCAGACGACCUCCGAGGUAGCUACUCUGUUGGCGCAAUGCGAGGCGAACUUUAGACAAGCGCAGAGCGCAUCAGCAACAGCCAAAACCUUGCUAGACACACAAGGAUCUGGAGACGAGAAGAACAAAAAAGAAAUUGAUGACCUCAAGGGACAGAUUCAAUUGUUAGAGAGGGAGCUGUCAAAAGAGAAGAAGGAUAAGGAAGCUGUAAAAUCCCAAGCUGAGAGUCUGAACAGAGAGUAUGACCGUCUCGCAGAAGAGCACAGCAAGCUGGAGAAGAAGAUUACAGUUGCGAGGCAAGCGAGUGGAGGUGAUGCUAAAAAAGAUGAGUAAUAGGGCAUUGCCUUGAAGGCAACAUGACUGAUCAUGUUUAAAACUAAUUAUUAUGAAGAUGUCAAUGUCAUUAUAAAGUAAAGUCAAGUAUUGUAAUUAAUUGCAUUUUAUAAUUUGCAAAUUUAUAAUUCAACUUCCUAACAUUUUUAAAUUUUGUAAACUGUAAUUUAUAUAAUCAUGUUAAUGUUCUAUUUCAUUAAUUGAUCAUUUUAAUGUACUUCUAUAAAAUAAUAUUUGUCUAUGGUUUUUGCUAACGGAAGUCUUGAAAAUAUCCAGUAACAGCCAUGUCAAACUACUACUUUAUUAGUUUGUCAUUGUACAUUAUUGGAGAUUCAACAUGCAAUCUUGUAGCUAGUGGAUUAAGGUUAAGAAUGAUUUAAUACAUAUUGCAAGAUAAGAUGUGAUUUGUAGAGGGCAAUGUACAAAUGAAUCAGUUAGUUCUAGAACAUACAUUAACAUAUAAUUAUGUGUAAACAAAUUAAUCUUCACAGUCUCAUUAAUAUAGUAUGUUUGUAUUUAUAAAUUACUACUGGUCCACCAGGCUUCACUUGGGAGUUUAUAACUUUCCGUCUCGGAAGAACGUGCAAUAUAAACAGUGGAAG